UGUGAAUGGCAAAAAUCCAGCUGACAAGCGACGCGUUUACUUUUUGAGUUCUCAAAUUAUUAUAAAAAAGGCACAAAUUCUUACAAUUGCAACCAAAAAGAUGUCCAAGUCGUCGUUAAAACACUUGAAUAGCACUUGCCGGGUGUGUGCGAAGUAUGCAAGCACUAAAAGAUCGCCGCGUUUAUUUGACAAAUCAAAUCUAAAGAUGAUUGAGAACAUUGAGACGAUCACUGGAUUGCGGCUGGAGCCCUUUGCAUGUCUUCCGGAUCUAAUUUGCGAGUGCUGCUCCAUGGAACUGAGUGCUGCAAUAAAAUUUCGCGAGCGCUGCAUUGGCGCCCAGCGGAGUCUGCUAACGGGACUAACCGCAGACCAGCAAAAGGGGAUAUCCUCGUUCUACAAGGCUGCCAUCAUGGGCUCUGAUAUGGAGGGCGAGGAGGAGGACGACGACAAGAAGGCCCAGCCACCUGAAGUUGGAGAAACUGAAGAAAGUUACCGUCAUGAUGAAAUAGAACCAAAGGAGGAGGAAGACGAGGAGGAAAUGGAAACAAAAAUCGAAUAUGACAAUGAUUUCUACGAUAUGGCCGAAAACAACGUGGUCGAGGACGACGAGGCAUCGCUUAUAGAGGAAGCCGAGUACGAAAGCCUCAUGGCAGACGAAGAAAAUGAGGAACAAAUUCAUCAGGUGCAAGAGAUGAUGGAUGAAUCUGGGGAACUCAUUACAGGCGAUGGCAAUGACGGCUAUGUCUACGACUCUGAUGACGAAGUGGCCGUGCUCGACAAUGUGUUGGACGAUGAGUAUGAGCACGAGAAUAUUGUCGUGAAGAAGUCCAGUCUGCCGCCCAAGCCGAAGGCACGCUCUGACGACCCGCGGCGCCGUGGAACUGGCGGCAUGUACAUUUGUGAGCAGUGUGGCAAUCACAUCAAGGGCCGCAUGGCUUUCGAGCUGCACUGCCGUCGCCACAGAGGCGAUAAGCAGUUUGCCUGCGAACUGUGCAAUUCUCGCUUCUGCACCACAUCCGAGUUGAAGCGUCAUAUGCGAAAGCACACCGGAGAGCGUCCAUUCGCUUGCCAGUACUGCGGCCGCUGCUUCACCGAUUACACCACUCGCGUAAAGCACGAGCGCACCCACACCAAUGAACGACCAUAUGUCUGCGGCACAUGCGGCAAGGCAUUUACUACCGGUUACAUUCUUAAGAACCACAUGCUAAUACAUUCCGGCGAACGCGCUUACAGGUGCGAGCUGUGCGACAAAUCUUUCAUGCUCCCCACUCAUCUGAGCACGCACUUCCGUUCGGGUGUGCACAAGCGGCACAUGGAGAAGGCCGGGAUCACACAGGAGAGGGAGCAGAAAAAGGAGCAUAAAUUGGAGGAGGUGGAGGAAGACAGUUUAAAUAUUUAGAACUAAAAAGUGCACCAUUAAAAAUUAGCCUUGGGGUAAUGACGGACUAUACUGACAAGUAGCAUUUCAGCGGUAAUAUAAAAGAAGUUGAGUUGUAAUAAAAGUUUAAUCAUUAAUAAAUUCUAUCUUCAAAUCAAAA